AAACGUGCUUUUGGAUCCCGUCUAACGCCGGCACACCUCAAACAAAACACUUUAAAUUAGUAUAUGGCAGAACAUCCAACAAAUAACACACGCCGGGAACUUUAUUGCUCCAUUGUUGGACGAAUUUUUAUUACUUCAUCGGCCACGCUACUGUUUUUUGUGAAUCGGCCUUCGAUUUGUCAGUGCCGCUAAUAAGAACAUUUUUUUUUGCUUUCCGUCGUUUUGUUUUGUGACCAAGUGUCCCAUGGUUUUUGGUUUAUUUUUGUGUUUUAUUUAUUUCGUGCAAUGUGCUACAAGGAAUAAAUGUAAUGACGGCAAAUUGGAUUUCCCCGGUCAAAUCAAACUUUAAAUGAUCAAAUACACGGAUCAUAUGACUCUUCUUUUUUUACGUUGGAUAAAGAAACAAUCGAUCAUCUCGAUUUGGGAGUAAAACAAUUCAACACGAAGGAGUAAAGGGAUUUUAUCAUCUGUGAAAUAUAGUGAUUAAGUGAAAUAAUGCGCCUGUAGUGCUUAGGAGUGAUUUGUGUAUAAAACUCAGUGAGAAAAUUGCCGCUGUGAUCUAACCUCCAAACAGGAAUUAGCAUGAGUUCAUACUUUGCAAAUUAUAUGCCGGACAUGCGAAAUGGUGGUGUAGUGUCAGCAGAACACCAUCAGCAGCACUAUGGAGCGGCAGUGCAGGUGCCUCAAGGCGGCGGUGCCGUCCAAACGGAUCCGAACCCCUGUGCAGGAGACCCAUCGGUGGUGGGCCUGCGACAGGGUGUCCCCCCGCAUCAUUAUGGUGGCCCACCGACAGCCGGCCAACCUCCCCAAGGCAUGCCGCCCUACCCUCGGUUUCCCCCCUACGACCGAAUGGACAUCCGAAAUGCUGGCUACUACGGCGCCCAACAACCCCAAAUGGACGGUUCUGGUUAUCGGCCCGACAGCCCCAACAGCAUGGGGCACAUGGGGGGAAACGCACCCAACGGUCACCAAACCCCCGUCGUGUACGCGAGCUGUAAGCUGCAGGCGGCGGCGGUGACGCAAAAUGGCGUUCUCGGUCCCACCGGCAGUCCGCCCCUAGACACGCAGACCAUGAACAACCACCACAUGGGCCAUCAUAUGCAAGAACAACACCCGCAACAUCACCAACAGCAUCCGCAACAUAAUAUGAUGUACGCUGGCCAGCAAAACAAUAUGCAUCAGCAAGCGCCGCCCCCGCAUCAGCAACCGCCACUCCAGCAACAGCCAGCACAAGGCCAACAACCCCCCAACAAUACCGCUUCGGCAUUACCUAGUCCACUCUAUCCAUGGAUGAGAAGUCAAUUUGAGAGGAAACGAGGAAGGCAGACGUACACGCGGUACCAAACGUUGGAGUUGGAGAAGGAGUUCCAUUUCAACAGGUACCUGACGAGGCGGCGGCGGAUCGAGAUCGCGCACGCGCUGUGCCUGACGGAGCGGCAGAUAAAGAUCUGGUUCCAGAACAGGCGUAUGAAGUGGAAAAAGGAGAACAAGACCAAAGGAGAGGGUGGUUCCGAAGGUGGUGGCGAUGACAUCAGCCCGCAGGGAUCGCCGCAGUGAAAAGUCUCCGCGAACGAGACGUAACCCAUGUACCUAAAGUCAUAUUGUAGUCAUUUUUCCGAUGCAUUUGCCCUCGCCGAGGAUCCUUACCGUCCUACGGAAGGGCCAAGUGUCCAAACUUUCGGCAGGAACUCUCUCCAAAUUCAUCCACACAACCGUUAUGACCUCUCGACAAGAAAAGUCCUUGUAUGUGUAUAACUAGUUUCGAAGUGAGACGCGGUUAUAAUAAUUUGAUUUAUAUAUAUUUAUUUAUGUAUUGUAGAUAAAAUAGCAUUUUUUUUAUUAACUUACUUAUUGUUGCGCAAGUUUUUUGGA